CACAGAAAGCCUCAAAAUAUAUUUUGGCUAUUUGUGGUACAUACUGUAUGAAGAUUGAGCUAAAAGCUGCCAACAGUCCAUUUCUAUCAGUGAAUAUGUGUUUUUCAUUUCUUUCUUUCUAGAUACAAUAUGAAAUAUUUGAAAUGAAGGAAAAGAAAAGGAAGAAAUACGUCUUGGAUGAGUUUAGAGGAUUUACAGAGUGAUCUGUCUUUGUUGUGUGCCUUCUGGUAGUUACUGCAUUUGGCCGCUGUGUGUCGCUGCGGGUUUACUCGUGCUCUUUCGGCAGUCUCCGCCGUACCAGAUUCUCCAUGAAAAACUCGGAGCAGACCGGUCGUCCUCUCUCGAGUAAACACGUCUGAUAUUUAGAUUUGUCCAUUUCUAUUCAAGGAUUAUCGUCGAAGUUUGCAGCUCAUCCUGUCUUCGUAUCAGGUGAGCUGUCUGUCGUUUCGCGCUCUCCCCGCAGCCAUUCGUUCAUUUUCGGCUUUUGUCGUUCGACGGAAGAAUGGACGAAGCGGACUCGGCCACGAAGGCACUCGGGCUGGUUGAACCGCCCAUCGGCAUUCAGGCGGUGGAAGGCUCGGAUACCGAGUCGGAGGCCGAAGUUACCACGAUGGCCGUGAUGGCCGGACCGGGGAACAUCGACAUGGGAGCCGAAUCCCUGCCGAACCCAGACGAGGCCGAAGCAGCAUUUGGAGGCAAGGCGGGCUUUAGCUAACAGCAGCAGCAGGCCUCUGCUGAGCGGGGUGGCGCUAAAACCAAAACACAAACAGUGGUGAUGAUAGUGGCAACACAAAUGAGCUUUUACCUCACAUUAUAGAAGGGAAACACAAGUCUGAUGAAUGCAUUUCCACAUAAAACGAUUCAGUUAUGUUUCAUAAUAAUAAAGUUGUUUCGUACAAUUAAACAUGGCUUCUGUGCAUGUAUGGUAUAGGACGUCAUUAUCUCUUAUUACCAAAUCCUAUUCAAAUAUUCUGUAAUUUAAAGAUUUUUUGCCGUUAUUUAGCAUUUACUUUUGCAUAUCUGGGUAAAAAAAUAUUCCAUGUACUAAAUUAACAGUUUUUCACACAUUCGGCAAUUAGUAUUAAGAUUAAAAAUUUAUCAGUUCUAAGAAUAUAAACUUUAUAACCAUGCUAGCCAACUGUGCACUACCAGGGGCGUUUCAAGUCGUUCCAGACUGGGGGGGUUUAACCAGAGCACAGACUGAUGAGGGGUGGCAUGGAGUACACACACACACACACACACACACACACACAUAAACACAUAAUUUAUUUACUCUUCCUGUCAUGGCUCAUCAUACAGCCAAUAAAGCCUCAAGCCUAAAUUAUGUAUAUUCCCCAGUCAUGCUGAGAGAGAGCACCUACAUUGUUUAACCAGUUAUUUUCUGAAUGAAACUCAUUAUUGUCUAUUUGUUUAAUGGUAAAUCUUGUCUAGUUGUUGUAAAACCUUUCCCACAUUGACUUGUGUAUCCUUAAAUACUGUAGUUAUAUCAUUGUGUAGUUUUACCGUGAGUCUUUAGGUCUACUGGAGGAUUUUUUUGUUGUAGCAGUAAGACAGCAGGAGAGCUGAUUUUAAGAAGUUUGUAAUUAGAAAAUGUAUUUUGUUUUCUUCUUGAUCAGAGGUGACGGCUGUGACGGUGGGAGAUGUUCAUUCAGGAGAGGACAACGCCUUUACCACCACAGUUGCAACAUCAGGAAGUCUCCCUGAACACAUGCUGGUAAACAAACACACUCAGCGGUCUCAUUUAUAGGUGUUGUUGCUUUUGGCACACUCUUCUUUGCACUCAUCAGGUUAAAGGCAGCUUCAAUAUUUUUACUCCUAACAUGAUUAAGUGGAUGUUUCUUGUUGUGCCCUGUAUUUGAAGUUAGAUUUGCACCUGUAGAUCGUGACACAUGGUUUGUCAUCUGGCGCUAACGGCAAAGUCUAUAAACUACAACAAAAUAGAUUAUCGCCUUUUUUGGGAAAACUGGUCUGAAAUAAGAGAUAUCUGUCUAUUAAAGAUGUAAAAAUGUGUGUUUUAGUGUAUUUCUUUUUGUUAACAUAUUCCUUCAGGCCGUCUUUGUUAAUGUAGGUUCUUGUUGUGUUUGUGUGCUCCUGUCACAGAGCGGGAGGACCACCCUCCAGCUGGGUGAAGGUCUCAGCACCCAGAAAGCCACCUUGAUCGUGGUUCACACUGACGGCAGCAUCGUGGAGGCUGCUGGUCUCAAGUCUGCUGCUGCCAUGACAUCAGGUGCAUACUGGUGUAUGUGUGUAUGUGUGUGUAUCGUAAGUGUGUAUGUGAGCUGAGCAGGCCAUUUUGCUCUCUCAGGUGUCCAUAUCGAACCAUGUUGUUCAAAUAUUAGCAAACCUAAACCUGAAGGACUGUGAGGUGCAUCUUUCUCUCUUUCUUUCUCUGUGUUUGUUUUUGUUUCAUCCUUCUUUGUCUCCAUCAGACCCUCAGACUCCACCCACCCCUCUGACACCACCCCAGGACAAAGACUCCUGCUCCAAGUACAACUGGGACCCCUCUGUCUACAACAACGAGCUGCCGGUCCGCUGCAGGAACACCAGUGGAGUCCUCUUCAAGAACCGACUGGGCUCAGGUGAUCAGCAGAGAUCGAUAACACACCAGGUUUACAGACCACUCCUCUCUGCAUUUGAUGUCAGCAGAUUGGUGACAUUGUUGCAUAGGUCAACACUCACUUUUUAGGUAACAAACGGAGCACUGAAAAAGUAUUGAAAGCUCUUUUUUGAUCACACAAGGUUAUUGGUAUCAUUUUAUAUUGAAGUCCAAAGCCAUCUGCAGGCUGUGGUGUACUCUGGUCCCCCCAUGUCUGAAAUAACGCCAUGGAAGUGCCUUCUAAAAUGCCCCCUCUUGUCUCCUUUCAAGGUUGAGAGGUUGAAACAUGAUGAAGUGCCCUCUUAUUGGAAAAAUAAGGGGGCAAAACUUCCCUUUCCAGUAGAUAAUAUUUGAUAAAGCACCCCUUUGGUAACUAAGCCUUGUUGUCCAGAUGCUCAUGAAGCUGCUAAGUUCUGGCUUUUUGCUGGUGCCCCCAUGGAUGGAGGUGUUUUUCCACCUCUGCCCUUUAAACAGCCUCUGUACACCACUUAAUGGAGCAUCUCUUAGAUUCGUGUGCUGACUGUUUUGUGUUGUGUUGUGUUCAGGGGGAAAAGGCCGCUGCAUCAGACACAGCCAGCAGUGGUACACUCCCACGGAGUUUGAAGGAGUGGCAGGAAGAGCGAGCAGCAAAGACUGGAAGAGGAGCAUCAGAUACGCAGGCAGACCUCUGCUCUGCCUCAUCCAGGUACUCUGGACUCCUGCAGGGCUGCUGCUUUUACGACGUGCACAAAGAUAAACUGAUUCUGAUUAGAGGUAACUUUGUGAGCAGAUUAACUUUCUAUGUAUGUGUGUGUGUGUGUGUGUGUGUGUGUGUGUGUGUUUGUGUGUGUGUAGGAGCGUAUCCUCAACCCCCAUGCUGCCUCCUGUACCUGUGCUGCCUGCUGUGAUGACCUGACAGGGGUGAGUCCUGAACCACUUAAACCAGAGGGAGAGUGAGGUGGGAUGAAGAGGAAGAAGAACACAUGUGACAAGUUAUCAGUCUCUCCUCUGUGUCAGUUACAACUGGAGGACUUUGACUAAAUUAUUUCAAUAUUAUCUGACUUUAAAUUCUGAGAAAUUUCAGGCUGUGUAAACUCUCCUCUGAAAAACCCAGCCUCUAAAAUAAGUCUGUGAUAAUGCUGCUCAUCAAACCUUUUACUUUAAUCUUCAGUUUGAGAUCCAGUCAGAGCAGUGUUUAAACUCUGGAGGAGUUGAUUUUGGCGCCCCCCUGUGGACAGAGCAGUUGUUAAGAAACCUUAUCUUAAUCAUUUAUUCUGAAUAUUUUAAAAACAGGACUGUUUCUCCAGCUGCUACCCUCUGUGCAUUUUAUACACAUUUUUUAAAGAAAAAGUGUCAGAGGUGUUCUUGAUAUUCAGGUCACCAAAACUAAUGCAGGUGUUCCUGAAUGCACCUGUGCAGAGAGGGGUCUUCGUCCUUUAGCUAGAUUAAGAACACAUUAGGAGAAACUUGUACAGGUGUGUAAUUUCAGGAUUUUCAGGAUUAUUUGGUUUUAUUAAUUUUUUUUGUAUUUUCAUUUAGAAAAAAAUCAGUGAAAAAAUGAACUGUGACGAUCGGGAGUUAAACAAAAAAGGGAAAGGACUCAAAAUGCAGAACAAAAACAGGAUUUAUUUUAAAAGGAACUAAAAGAAAAGCAACAUAAGAGAAAAAAACACAAAAGAUGCAAAUUCCAAACAACCAAAAAUCACUGGGGACACAAGCAAGCAAGCACACACAUCGGCAUACAGACAUACAAUGAACCAACAAGAACAGAGGCGACGACAGGGACUAUAUACACACUCAGGGAAACGAGCAACAGGUGAGGCAGACGAGACACAUGUGAAACUCAUGAGUGAUUAACGAAGGAGGGAAAACUGAGGCGGUAAAACCAGACUAUAAACACAAAGAAUAGACUACUACAAGAUAAAACAGGAAAUAAAUCCUGAAAACUGAUCUUAAGAAUAAAACACAGAGAACAGGAGGGAAACAGGGUCAAAGAAAAACUGAAAACUCCCAAGACUGGAUUACAGGAACAAUAGACAACAGGAACACGAGGAAAAACACAGAAAAUACACUCAAAUAACAAAACCAGGGAAAAUCAACGGACCAUAUCAUGACAUAAACAUUUCAAACUGCUUUUGUUCAGCCAAAUUAUAAUUAUAAUGAUCAAAAUUAUAACCUCAUUAUCAACUGAAAUGACUCCUGACUAAGAUAAUCUUUAAGCUGUAGAUACUUGAAGGGGUUAGGUCUACACAGAGGUCUACACAGAUGUAGACCCUCGUUAUUGCAGUAAUAAGAACUGAAUCUGCUCACACAGGUGCAGACUGGUGUGUUUAAUACAUCACUGUUAGGAGGACUUGGCAGAGAGACAUUUUUGAGCUGUCAGUGAAUUCUUUAUUUCCUUCUCACUCUCGGCCCAGAACAUAACGAUAAAUCUCUGAGUGGUCGAAUCAUGUGAUUGUUUCUUCUUUCCCGGCAAAAAGUGAAGCAGCGGUCAAUCACAGACAUGAUGAGACUGAACUUUGUUUCUGGGAAAGAAGACAAAAAAACAAUAAAACAUCUGUUUUUCAAAAUAAAAGAAUUAGACCUUCAUAAUUGGACUUGAGCUGUAGGUAAUGUUCUUGUCUGCUUCUUUCUCUGUAGUGUCCAAAGGAUGGAGACACUCUGGUCGCAGAAAGCAUCAGUAUGGUAAAUAUGAGGUUUUUCUUUCACUGCAGCCUCAUAAAAAGCUUCAUUUUUAUUAUUUUUAGUUAUCAAAGAAAAACAGAUUUUAAAAAGCAGACUUUGUUGGUUUCCCUGUUUCUUCUUGGCUUGAUUCAGACCGGUCCAGUCCGCCUCUUCGUCCCCUAUAAGAGACGGAAGAAGGAUGGAGGGCCGAUAAUCAGCCCAACUAAGAAGGAGCUUCCAGCCACCAAGAACAUAACUCUGACUCCAGGGACCACAUGUAAGACCUCAGUCUGAUUUGUAGAUUUCUCAUAUUCAGGAUCUUGAAGUCACAGUUUGUUACUCUCAUAAUUUAGAAUAAGAAAAAUGUUUUACAAAUUUGGGGAUUAAAAAACUUCUGGAAGAUAUUUUAACCCGGUAAGUCAUUUCUAGUUGAGAUAGGACUUUCAUCUGAGAGCCCUGUCAGAUUUUGGUUUUAUAUUUUGCUUUAGUUCUUUAAAUAUUCUUUUUAUAACAGAUUUAUGUCUCCUAAAAUAAUUUAUCUUCAUUAAUCUUUUCUUUUCCACCUGAUUUUCUGACCUGACUGAUUUCUGUCACUUCUUAAAUCUUAGUUUUAAAUGUGCGUCAUGAUCAGCAAAACUCAGAUGUCCAAACAAACAUGUCUGACAGUCUGUCCUUCACCUACAGUCACCGUGUCCCCGUCAGGACAGUUCACCACCUCUGGCACGUUGACCUUUGACCGAGCUCCUGCAGGGGAUGCCACUGCAGCUGCUGCCGCCGCCGCCGCCAUCAUCUCAGAAGGGUCACCGCAGAGCGAGGUGUUCACCAGCACAGCAGGUGAGUACCGCCCAACAAAUCGAUGCUCAGCUGAGGCACACAUUCACGCCAAUUAUCGUCUUUUCUUGAGGGUCAGACGUGAAGAUUCUAUAUCAAGAAACUCUAAAACUCCUGAAAGUUAAAAUGUUCAUUUAAUGGACUGAACAAAAACCAAAACUCCAACUUGAACAGAAAUGAUGAACUUUCCUAAAAAACUUUCUUAUAGUUAAAAGAAAAAAAGAUUACAUGUUUUCACCACUAGAUGGUGCUGAGUUUGUUUCUUGUGAAGCUCUCGGGUCAUGUUCAGGAUUAGGAGUUCAGUUAAAAUGUAAAUUCAAAUGUCAUACUCGUUUUUCAUCGAAGGGAUCGUUUCAGUUCAAGUUUAACUUCAUUAGAUUUUUGGUUAUUUUUAUAAGUUUAUCCUACAACAUUUACAGCUUGUCUUUUUACUGUUUUGAUUCACGGCUGCUUGAUUAUUAAAUUUUCAGGCAAACAGACUUAAAACUUUCUUAUUAGAUAAACUGAUUAUGAGCGUAGAUUUUUCUUUAAGGUUUAAUUUGUAGGUCAAAAACAGUCACAGGAUCUGAUAUAACUUCUAACUAAUGCCUCACAUAAGUAGUUUUGGAUGAAAAGCAGCCUGCAGUACUCUGAUUCAAGAGGGUUGUUUAGUUCAUCACUUUUUUUAAUCAAUUUAAAAAUGCAUGUAAUAAAUGAAAAUGUCAAAACCUUCACAGCACACACACUUAAAGCAGAGGUCACUGACAUGUUCCAGCUCCACACACAAAGUUAAACCGACCUCUGAAGGCAGGAGAGAGAAAUAAAGAGUUUCAAAUGUCAACAGAUUGUAAAGUUUCCACAGAUCUCAGGUCAGCAGGCGCAGUAGUGACCAAAACUCACCUUCACCUGAGUCAGGUCCCCUCCAGUAGACCCAAACCUGAUGGUCUCAUCAUGGUUAAUCCAUUUUCAGGUCAGAAGGAAAUUAAAGAGCUUCAUAUUUAAAGUCCCACUCUGAUCUUUUUUUUUUACUUCUUAAAAUGCCCUCAGUGGUCUUUAAAUUGUGAUUAUGAAGUUUUUAGCCAGAACCGUGUCACUUGCGCCUUUUUUUAAGGACUUUUCUUCUGCAGAGCUCCAGUAGCUCAUUAGCAAUUCACCUCUGAGUCGUAGGCGGAGACAGCGCUGCUCUGCACACUCCUCUUCACGCUAGCUUGUAGCCUAACAUUGACAGUGUAGUAAAAGAAGCAGGUAACAUGAAGCUAUUCAGCUCUUGGACACUAAUGUCUUUUUGGGGACAUGAUGAAAGUUAAUAUCAUAAUUAGCUUCAUUACGAACGUUACAAUCCACUAACACACACGCUUGUUCCGCUAUCGUCCUCCUGACUUUUCCGAGUCUGGCCUGCAUAGUGAGGCUCCGGGGGUGGAGCUUAGAUUUGUGAUGUAGGAAAUCUCACUGUAUUUGAACCUGCUGUUUGGGUCUGACAGAGAUUCACAGAGAUUUUAAAUGAAGAAAUACUCAGAAAUGCAAUUUUGCACUUAUUUUUCUCAUGAUAUGUCCUGUAGCAUCAGAAAAAUGAACAUAUGAACAUGUAGACAACAAGAAAAACAUGAUUUUCAUCAGAGUGAGUGUCAUUUGGUGUUUUCCUCUGGUAGCAGCAACACUCCACCUCUCUCUCUAUUUCUCUCCAGGCUGUCUUUGGUUAACUCCACUUAAACAGCCUCUAACCAGCACCGCGAGGAGGUCUGGUAGUGCUAGCUCUGCUGUAUUUAGCCACACUCAGUUUGACACGUCAGCUCAGUGAUCCUGUUCUUGGAUGUGGAGUGAGAAGAUUUGCUCAGUUCUGACUGUUUUUGUCUUAUUUUCUUACCUGUAGACGAGUUUGUUUGCUGGAAUUUAAUUUUUAGUUCAAACAAUAAGAAACAAGUCUCUUUAGAGCAUCUUUAAAUUUAAUGUGUAACAUUAGCAGAAUAUCUAUAUGUUGUUAUUUUCAGUAAAAUUGGAGUUUGAAUUAAAAGCUCUGAUGGUACCGCUUCAUUUAGGUGUUCAGACGCUGGACUCAGUCUGCUCUGUGUCCACUUUGUCCUUUACAUUUCACUCCUCCUCCUCCUCCUCUUCUCUAAUACUCUGUGGGGAGUUUCAAACAUGCCCCUGCACCCCUGAAAACCUGCAGCCUAUCCAUCAUCCUAUCACACAUCAGGGAAGCACCGCAGCUGCGUCCUGAUUGGCUGUUGCGUACCUGUAAUGAGCUCUCAGGAGAGACGCGCUCGCUGUCCUGAUUUCUCUGCACGAUCGUAUCCCCCUCCUCUUUGAAGGACCAAUCAGAGAUCAGUCUAGGUGACUGACAGAUCCGUCAAAAGUCAGGAACGGAAACAAAACUAAUAAGUCGUGUUUAUUUUUACUUCUGAGUCGGAUAAUUUUAGUUACAAUCAGCUGACAAACAAUGAAAAUAACAGAUGAAUCCUCCGUCAUCCAUGAUGCUGCUGCUUCUAACUCCACGCCGCACUGAUCCAGCUGUCGGCGCCGUCUCUUCGUCCUUCAGCCUGAGGUUAAUUAAGCACUCUGGGCCUCAGUGUGUGUGUGUGUAGGUGUGUUGGUGUGUGUUUAUUUUUGAGUUUCAAGUGAUGACGUACGAGACGGGAAAAAAAAACAGGUAAAAAAAUCAACAGGAUGGUUUAAUAUCUGUUAACAACUCCAUCUCUGUGCACACGACAGCUUCACUCAGGAGGACCUGUAGGUUAACUGUGUCAGAGUGAAGUUAGCAGAGCUAGCACCCCCUGCAGGUGAACAUCCACACACCUGAGCCGGACACCACCCACAUUUAACUCGACAUUUUCUCACACCCACUGUCCUCAGACUUCUCCGUCAUGUAGCACCAUCUCUGAAGAAUAUCUGGUGUUUUGCAAACGUGAGGAUAAACUGAAUUUAGACGAGAUAAACACGCACCUUUAUCUACCUGCCGGAGCACACACUGUUCCCCCGGGAAGAAUCAGCGCCUGAGAUGGAUGUCCGGUUAUUUUUGGACUCUCCUGUUCUCAGUGGAUCUCUGUGCAGACGUUAUAGCGUCGUGUAUGUGGGUCAUCAGUAGAUGUAUGGAUGGAGGACGCACAGACACACUUAGAUCUGCUCGGACCACCCGCUCAGUUUGAUUCUGCAUGCUUCGCUUCUAUUUCAAACAUCUGAAGGACCGAAAGAAACCUCAGGAAGAGUCACAGCAGGCGCCGCUUCAGCUCUCAUCACAGGACGGCCGCUGCUGCAUGAUAUCCACACGUGAACCAGACCUUUAAAUAUUCAUGAGGGUCUUUUAUAUUCACUUCAUUUUUCACUGAGCUGCCACACCCUAAAGUCAUACCAUAGGUGAGGACUCGAGCCGCUCCACGUCAGUAAAGACAGACCGUUAAAUCGACAUGAGCUCACACCAGGUGAUUCAAUGGACAAGAGUUGGUGAAGUCUGCAAAAUAGAAUUUUUAAACUCUAUUUUAGCUUUAAAGGGAGAAAAUAAAACAUAUCAAAGAUUAAAACGAUAAGAUUUUAAUGUUUUAUGAAACAUUUGAAAUCAACACAGGGACGAGAAAACUCUGAAGAUGUCCGAAGAACAUCUCCCAAUUUAUCAGGGUAAUUACCAACAAGUAAAUAUCAGUAUCUCUCAGUUUAAAGAUGGAAAGAGGUUCGCCACGUUGUGAGAGACUGCGUGAGCAAAUAGUUCAACAUGUUCAGGAUUAUGUUAAAGUUUGUGGAUAUAAGAUGAAUCAAAAUUUAAAAACAGACGUGACUCUGUCGUGGGAAUCUCUGCACGUUCUCUGAAUCAGUUCCUAAAACCAUUUUCAGUGACCACAGUUCAACAAAUGCAUGUUAAAACCAGUGGUGUAGUGGUCCCUGGAGAAGUGGGUAUACUAUCAGUUUUCACCUUUUUUUUACCUGUUUUAGAAACAGAGACAUGUAAGACAACUAUUUAGUUUACCCCCAAAUCUGUCAUUUCUACAUGCUCACUAUUAUAAAAUUAUCAUGAUUUAAUUAGGAGCAGUUUGUAGUAAUUACUGGUCACAUAAGCAGCCUAGAUGAAUGUAAAAUGUAUUUAUAACUUUCAUAACUUGAGUCGACAUGCACAGUUUAACUAUCGGUGACAAAAUCUCUUCUCCUCGAAAUGUGCGGUCAUAUUGACAGCAGUUUAAAACAAUGAUUCAUUUGGAAACCGACUUAAAACUCACCUCAGAGUUAUGUCGUCCAUGAGAGUAGGUUCUCUCAGUAUGUGCCCCUCACUUGACAGAUGUUUAUUCUGUCUUUCUCGUAUUUCCACGCAUCUUUCAAGGAGACGUGCAGUGACCUGUCAAUUAACCGGAGUGGCACUGAGGUGUUAGCAAUAUUUUCCGCAGCCUCUGAUUGGCUCAUCAGUCCACAUCCUGGAAGUUAACCAGUCUAAUCAGUGAAGGCAGCGGGUACCAGCCAAUCAGAGGCGGAGGAGUGUGGGUCAUGGCUUCACCACCUUGAGUAAAAAUGGGACACACAGCUCCCAAACUGUGACACGCAAAAAGGGCGCUGUGUAUAAAUUUGAUGUGAACAUGUCCUGCUGUCUGACCAAUCAAAAUUUGACAUUCAUUCAUCAUGGACACCAUAAAAGGAAGUUGCAGCUGCUGCUUCCUGUCUCUGUUUAUAUCUCCACCAUCAUCUCAGAACCUUCAUCAGGCUGCAGCUGCUUCGUCUGACCACCUCUCUUCUCCUCUCUUCUCCUCUCACUCAGUGCUGACUGCGUUGCCGGCGCUGGCUGUGGCGCCUCAGCCCGUUCAGGCCAAGAUGACGGUCCCGGCUUCGGUUUCGGUUUCAGCGGCGUCUCCCUCAGGGGGGCUGGUGAGCGGGCUGGAGGUGGGGCCCGUGGGAGGGGUGGGGCCUGUGACGAUCAGCGAGGGGCAGAAGAACACGUGGCUGUACCUGGAGGAGCUGUCCAACACGCUGCUGAGCAACGUCCAGCAGCUGAAGGCUCUGAUCGAGCAGGCCAAGAACUCCGUGGGGGACACGGCGGGGGUCAAAGGUCAGGGGGGCAGGAAGGAGGUGAGGACACACACUGAAAUACUCAGAGUUAAAAAUGGCUGCUACACUCUGUGUGUUAAUGUGUCUGCGUGUGUUUCCAGGUGGGUUUCAGUCAGACGUUUCAGAACCAGAUCUCGUUCCAGCAGCCGGACGACCCGGACGCUAAAAGAGGGUCAGAGAUCACCGAGAUCAUCAUCAACGUAGGACACCAUCACAGAAAAAACUACACCUGCUCUCCGCCGCGUUCAUGUGUGCUCAUGUGUUUUCUGCUUCCUUCUGCAGCAGAUGUGCGUGAACUGUGGCCGGGUGGCGAUGAACGAGUGCACCGGCUGUCACAAGGUCAACUAUUGCUCCGCCUUUUGUCAGAGGAAGGUAAGAAGAGAAAUUAAAGGUGAAUUAAUUAAGUCUUUUAUCAAGAUUUUACAACAAAUCAGUUUGUUUGUCUCUGCAGGACUGGAAGGACCAUCAACACACCUGCUGCCAGUCAGCAGGGGGCGUCACUGUCCAGGAGGAGGAGCCAAUCACAGCCAUGGACAUGGACAAAGUAAAAUGAAAUCAUGAAAACCAGAACCGGGUUUUACUGAAGUCCAAAAACUGAAAAUGAGUCCGGACACAUCUGCUCUGAGCUCUUCAAAUCUUUGUUCUGGGGCUUUUAUUGUGAAAGGUUCCACAGAGACUGACAGGAUCUUGAAAAGUUGAACUUUUAUUCAAAAGUCAGACGAGCUUUAGAGACAGUUCAGGUGUUCCCUCGUAGAGUUCCCUAGUGGGCGUUAGAGGAACUGCACCGCGGCACAUUAAAUUAAGAGGGUGAAAGGAUCGAGAAUACCGCCAAGUAUCAGUAUUAAAUGUUGAGGACGAGUCUGUUUGUUAUUACCUCAAUAAAUGUUUGUUUUUUAAAAAUAUAAUUAUGCUUUUUUCUGCUUUUAAGGGCUUUAAAUCAAAAAUAAAUUAAAGGAGAUCAAGUUUUUAUGUUCCUCAGAGAGAGACAGACACUUGUGCUCUCUUUAAAGUGAGUUUACCAGGUGAAGUGUGUAGAAAUGGGAACAUUUAGCAACAUUCAGCCAACAGAUUCUGGAUUGAAAAGCUCCCUUACUCACCCCUGCCAGAGGAAAGACGGUGGCCUUGAAGGACAAAAAGCUCUUGUUAUGCAUGAUAGUUUUGAUCGCCUGUUUUUCAAGUUUUACUGUCAAAAGCAUCUGAAACAUCUUCAUCCUCCAACCCACUAAGUACAAAAACUCAUAUGAUAGAAGUUUGUCCCUCCUGUGUUACUGUAGAAAUGUAGUUGUGUGAGAUGGCAGACCCUGUGGAGAACAGACAGAUAAAAAACACCGACUUAAAUAUACUUAAGAACAUGAUGCUCCAAAUCUACAAAGUCUGAUCUGCUAAGUGCUGCCAAAUACUGACGUACUGCACCUUUAAAAAUCGAUUUAAAAAUACUCACCACUUCAUCAGCGUGAAAACUUUGACAUUUGUUAACCUCCUGCCAGCUACCGGCCCUUUAAAUAAUUUCUCCCAACAUGCUCUAACAUACAAUUAUGACCAUAGGAAUAGAGAUAUGACAGAGGGGUAUGAAAGGGUUAAUUAGUGUUAAUGUGCAUGAAGUGAUUAAAAUCUCCCUGGAUGGAAAUAUUCAUCCUUUUAAAGCCUUUUGAUUAAGAGUGGUGGUGCGGUCUAACAUCAUGGAGCCUAAUCAAGAAGAAAACUCAGAUAAAUGAGCUGUUUUUUUCUCACGCUCAGUUGUUUGAUUCCAGCGUUAUUAACUCUGAUAUUUAUUUAAUUUAUCUAAUACGUCUUUAUUUAAUAUCUGAGCCGCUACUUUCACUAAAACGCAUUAUAGGGUCAGUUUUUACCCUUUGAUCAAAUUUGACAAAUUUUCCCUCCGAGACUAAAAAGAUGGUAUCACGACAUUUCAGGAAAAAAAACAGGACAAGGACUUUAAAGUCAGCAAACAGAUCUGCAGGAUAAUUUUAACUAACUGACUGUCAGACUUGAUCAGUUUUACUUUUUUUUUUUUAUCUGUCUACGUUCAUUUAGUGAUUUUAUGGAUGAAACAGACUUCAGGUCGUAGUUUUAUCAUCUUCAGUCUCAGAGGGAAUAAAAAUCAGGAUCAUU